GGAGCACAUGGAGCGUGAGCUCCACAACAUGAGCAAAGACUUGGAGGAACUGAAGCUGGACAUCCAGCGCACAAAGGACGACCGUACGACGCCCAAAGAACCGCUGGCACGGCAGUCUUCAGGUCGCAAGAGGUCGUCUUCUCCCUCCUCGCAGCGUUUAUCGAGGAUUUCGGCCGCCGUGCUGAGAGAUUUUCGCAAGAUGGCAGGUGACGUCACGAAGCGUGCCAAUAGCUCUCCGCCCCCCUCCCACAGGUCCCGACGCCCGUCUCGGAAGUUGCACAGCUCCCCGGAGUUCUCGUCUACGUCCUCAUCUUCGGACAGGAGUGUGUCUUCUGACACGAGUUAUGGAGGCGCACGACUACAGUGGCACCUUCUCGAGAUAGACACGAGAGCGACCCAGGCUGCGGUUUUCAACAUCAGCACCGCUCGCAACCAUCAGACCCACGUCAACACCUACCUGGAUUUCUGCAAGUAUUUCCACCUCACUCCCAUGCCCGCUUCCGCGCACCAAAUUGCGUGUUACGCACAGUUUCUCUCCCGCACACUCCGUUCGCCUGACUCAAUCUCACACUACAUGUCUACCGUCAAACUACUUCACCGCAUGAACGGAUUCACCGACUACACUCUCCAGCAUUUCGAAAUCACACACACAAAUGAAAGGACUCCGGAAGAAGUUACAACACCGCCCGCGUCAGCAUACCUUGGUGGACGUGGCCUUACUGACGCGUCUGCAUGGCUGUUUCAAUCAUGACACCCAAAAAGAUGCCGCAGUCUGGGCUGCUCUGCUCUUCUGCUUCUUCACCUUCUUCCGCCGCUCCAACGUCGUCCUCGACUCCAAGACGUCGUUCGAUCCGAAACGUCAUCUCCAACGCAAGGACGUACUGACGUCCCCCUCUGGUCUACUAGUCUAUACCAAGUGGUCCAAGACUCUGCAGCACCGUGAACGUGUUCUACAAAUUCCCUUGGUCCCAAUACCAGACUCCGUCCUAUGCCCAGUCUCUGCAUAUCAACACACGUGCACCUUAAUCCCCGCGUCUCCUGAUUCACCAGCCUUCGUCCUGCCAAGUUCGACAAACACUGCUCGCCCGCUGACCACCUCCAUCCUGGAGAAGGCUCUAGCCAAGGCUAUCAAGGCCCUGGCCCUCCCCAAGGGUGCGGUCACCCUCCACGAUCUGCGCAGGGGUGGGUACACCCUCGCCUUCCAGGCGGGCGUUCCGAGAGAGCUACGUCAGCUCCACGGGGACUGGAAAUCAGAUGCAGACCAUCUCUACCUGACGGCCAACAUCCGCGAUCGCCUGAAGCUACCAUCUGCUCUGAGGGACUACAUCCUCCGACAUACGAGCACAUGAACUCUCUAUGAAUGAGGACUCUUGGCACAUGUUCACUGUUAUUAUGUAACUGAUGUUAACGGGCCGAGCUCCUUAACGCUACGGAGCCGACUUUUCCUUCUGUA